AAGAGAGAACAGGAUAGUAAUCGAGGUGGAGCUGUGUGAGUCCUACAUUUACAAGGCAGCACCUUUCUCUCACACUCUUCCCUUAUCCUUCUCUCUCUCGCUCGCUCUUUCUCAUUUACUCUCCAUACCCACUUCACUCUCCCUUCCCAAGCUCGCUUUACCUAUGCUAAUGGCUUCUUCAGUGAUCGGAGUUUCCUCUAUCUUCCAUACUCCUUCUAUUGAACUUUCAACUAGAAGGCCCAACUCCGCAACUCCUACCUUAUCCUCUUCUUCCUUUUCCUUGCCCUCGUCCGAGAAGACUCACUUUAAUUCUUUGGUGGCCAGUGGUGGAGGUGGCGGCGGAGGUGGAGGGGGUAGACCGCCCUUGGUUCUUCAAAGUAGUGCCCAUUAUAAACAUGGGCUUUCUUUUGUUCCUUCUGCUAUUGCUACUCCCAAUUCCAUUCUCAGUGAAGAGGCUUUCAAAGGUCUCAGCGGCGGCCUCUCUGAUUUUGAUGAUGAUGAUGAUGUCGAAAGCAGAGACUAUGAGUCUGAAAAUGAGACCGCUGGUGGUGAGAGUCUGUCUGAUGAAGAUGAACUUGCCAUUUCUAAGUUGGGUUUGCCCCAGAAACUUGUUGACACCCUUGAGAAACGUGGAAUUACUCAUCUUUUCCCCAUUCAGAGGGCUGUUUUAAUUCCGGCACUGGAAGGUAGAGAUCUCAUUGCUCGGGCAAAGACUGGGACUGGGAAGACAUUAGCCUUUGGGAUCCCAAUCAUUAAACGCCUUACUGAAGAUGCUGCACAAACAAGUUCACUCAGAAGAACUGGUCGGCUUCCUAGAGUUUUGGUCCUAGCACCAACUCGUGAAUUGGCAAAGCAAGUGGAGAAGGAAAUUAAUGAGUCUGCACCUAACUUGAACACCGUUUGUGUUUAUGGAGGGGUUUCAUAUAUCACGCAGCGAAAUGCUCUUUCUCGUGGGGUUGAUGUUGUGGUUGGAACUCCAGGUCGAAUCAUUGAUUUAAUCAAUAGCAAUAGCCUUAAAUUGGGAGAAGUUGAGUAUUUGGUCCUUGAUGAAGCUGAUCAGAUGCUUUCAUUUGGUUUUGAGGAGGAUGUGGAAGUAAUUUUAGAAAAUCUUCCAUCGAAGCGACAGAGCAUGCUUUUCUCUGCAACCAUGCCUACUUGGGUGAAAAAAUUGGCAAGGAAAUAUUUGGACAACCCACUUCAAAUUGAUUUGGUUGGUGACCAAGAGGAAAAGUUGGCAGAAGGAAUCAAACUUUAUGCCAUAUCAACUACUGCAACAUCAAAGCGGAGCAUUCUUAGUGAUCUUGUGACAGUAUACGCAAAGGGUGGGAAGACUAUCAUCUUUACUCAGACUAAACGAGAUGCUGAUGAAGUCUCAAUGGCAUUAACAAAUAGUAUAGCUUCUGAGGCAUUGCAUGGAGAUAUAUCUCAACAUCAGAGAGAGAGAACUUUAAAUGGUUUUCGGCAAGGAAAAUUUACUGUGCUUGUUGCCACAGAUGUUGCUUCUCGUGGACUUGAUAUUCCUAAUGUUGAUUUGGUUAUCCAUUAUGAACUUCCCAAUGAUCCUGAAACUUUUGUGCAUCGAUCUGGUCGCACUGGACGUGCAGGCAAGGAAGGUACUGCUAUUCUAAUGUUCACUAGCAGUCAAAGGAGGACAGUUAGAUCCCUUGAGCGUGAUGUUGGGUGCAAGUUUGAGUUUGUUAGUCCACCAGCAACUGAGCUGGUUUUGGAGUCAUCAGCUGAGCAAGUGGUCGCAACUCUAAAUGGAGUUCACCCUGAGUCCAUUGAAUUUUUCACUCCAACUGCCCAGAAGUUGAUUGAAGAACAAGGCACAAGUGCUCUUGCUGCUGCACUUGCACAUUUGAGUGGAUUUUCCCGGCCUCCAUCAUCUCGGUCUCUUAUUACCCAUGAGCAGGGAUGGAUAACAUUGCAGUUGACACGGGAUCCAAGUUAUUCUAGAGGGUACUUGUCUGCUAGAUCUGUCACUGGUUUUCUUUCUGAUGUUUAUACUGCUGCAGCUGAUGAAGUGGGAAAAAUAUAUUUGAUUGCAGAUGAAAAGGUUCAAGGGGCAGUUUUUGAUCUUCCAGAGGAGAUUGCUAAAGAGUUAUUGAAUAAGCAAUUACCUCCUGGAAACAAUAUUUCCAAAAUCACAAAGUUGCCUUCAUUACAAGAUGAUGGGCCUCCCAGUGAUUACUAUGGCAGGUUUUCUGGCAGAGAUCGACCUGCAAGAGGCGGCAGCAGGGGAGGCAGUAGAGGUGGCCAGAGAGGUUUUAGAGCUUCGAAGGGUUGGGGUGGCAGUCGAGGCUUUUCCGAUGAUGAAGCAGAUACAUAUAUGCGUGGAUCACGUGGUGGCCGAAGCUAUUCGAAAAGCAGCAGUAGCUAUUCGAAAAGCAGCAGUGAUGAUUGGCUGAUCAGUGGUAGAAGAUCAAGCAGGUCACCACGGGACAGAAGCAGCUUUGGAGGUGCUUGUUUCAACUGUGGGCGUUCUGGGCACAGAGCAUCAGAUUGUCCUACCAAGGGAGCCUUCUAGUUCGGACGCCGUAAUAUGAAUCAGGUUUAUCAGCAAACAGAACAAGUUACAGGUUGCUGGUGGGAGUUCCUGUUCUGGUCUUUUUGUUUGCAACCGUAGGCCCUGUAAUCUUCCCAAGGAAGGAGUUUGGAAGAACCAAAGAUUAAUGUCUCCCCCUUCCCCCUCCCCCUCCCCCUCCAUCCCAGAAAUUAUCAACCACAGCUGACUGAAGAGGUAGUCCAUUGUAAAUGGAAUUUUAUUUGGGUAGUGAGUUGAUCUUUGAUGCUGUUGAGUUCUAAAUUUUCUUUUGCUCCCUCCCAAUCGUGUAUUGCAAGGGGGAUUCAAACUACAUCCCAGUUGUUAUGUAUUCAUUGGCCUUCAGGCUUCAGCUACUACUA